AUGGCAUUUACUUUCGUCGCCGUUGCGUACAUUGCAGCUUUAAUUUUAACGGCUUUGUUGAUAUUCUUUGCAAUUUGGCAUAUCAUUGCCUUUGACGAAUUAAAAAAUGAUCACAAAAAUCCGAUCGAUCAAUGUAAUUCAUUAAAUCCAUUAGUUCUACCAGAAUAUAUUACACAUGGAAUUAUUAAUAUUCUAUUCUUAUUUGGCUAUGAAUGGAGAUCACUUAUAAUUAACAUGCCAUUAAUAGCGUACCACAUAAAUCGAUUUCGCACACGACCACUGCGAGAUGGACUUGGAUUAUAUGAUCCAACGACAAUUGUGAGUCAACAACAACUUUCAAAAGCAACACGAGAAGGCUGGAUUAAACUUGGCUUUUAUAUGAUUACAUUUUUUUAUUAUUUAUAUUGUAUGAUUGCUGAACUAAUCCAGUGA